GCUGAACAAUAUGGGACAGUCUAACAAAAAACGACCUCUCUUCUCCUUGUUUGUUUUGUUUUUUGAAAAUUGCAAAAAUUACCCAUUUAAAUUCAUAAAUCCUUUUACAAAAUGUCCCAGAAGGAAGCUGCGGAUGAGUCUGAUAGUUCAGGAGUGGAAGAAGUGCCUGAAGAUGAUGAGAAAGAGCCUCAAAGUGAAUCAAUUGAGGAGCUGACAAAAGACGGCCUUGGAAAGAUUAUUAGCGCCACAAAGGCUUCCUUGGCACUUCCUGCGGGUGCUUCGAGGGAUCUCUAUUGUGCCCAACCGUCGUUUAUUCGCAUCGUCAAUGGGGAAUCUGAUAAAAUUCUCGACAUUGUUGGGAAGAUUCUCAAGCAUCAGAACAUCCGGGGGAAUAUCCAACGAAGGGAUGAUGAUGAGCGGAUGGAUUUGGUGCUGGAGUGCAAUGACUCAAUGCUCGAGAGGAUAAAUUCGAAUUUGGAUGAAAUGGCGGGGUUGAAGAAGGCUCCGGAGAUGGUUCUUGCUGAAGUGGCUCUGAGUCCGCAAGAGAAGAGGCGACAUUCAAGUGGGAGGAACAGUAUGGGGGAGGCAAAGUUGCUGACGGCAAAGAACAUCCUGCGGCCUCAGGUGAACUUCCGGGUUCCGGUGGAUAAUCGCAAUAGCACCCCAUUUGAGCCGAGGAUCAAAUACAAGCCGAACAGUUUGAAACCUCUGGCCAUUCUGGCGGAAUAUGGGGAUGAUGGGAUGAUUGAGUCGUACCUGCAUCCGUAUGAGGUGGAAUUGGGUCGAUUUGAAGUUCCGGAAGAGCAAUUGGGGAAGGUUGCGCCGAAGAAGCCGCCAAAGGAUGUGGAAGAAACUCCCCUUGUGUUCAUUGACAGCCCUGAGAAGCUUCCGGAAGUGGUGCAGGAGUUGGGGAAAGUCAAGGAGAUUGCUGUUGAUCUUGAACAUCAUUCCUAUCGCAGCUUCCAGGGCUUCACAUGUCUCAUGCAGCUGUCAACGCGUGACAAGGAUUAUAUUCUGGACACAUUGACCUUGAGGGAGGAUCUGCAUGUGCUCAAUGAAGUUUUCACGAAUCCUGGCAUUGUGAAGGUUUUCCACGGGGCGGAUUGUGACAUUGAGUGGCUACAGAAGGAUCUCUCGCUGUAUGUGGUGAAUAUGUUUGAUACGCAUCAAGCUGCGAGGAAGCUGAGCUUUGCCAGGGCUUCCCUGGCCUACCUCCUCAAGCACUACUGCCACAUUGAGGCGGACAAGACGUUCCAGCUGGCAGAUUGGCGAAUCCGGCCACUUCCGGAAGAACUCGUGGCCUACGCGCGGCGGGACACACACUACCUUCUCUACGUGUACGAUAUGCUGCGGAAUGAGCUUCUCCGGAAGGCCAACUACCAGCCAAAUUGGCUCCGGAGUGUCUAUCAGCAGAGCACGGAGAUCUGCCGGAAGCGCUACGUGAAGCCACGACUCACGCUUGAUUCCCACAUGGAGCUGUACAGGAAGUCCAAGAAGAACUUUGACAAUCGUCAGCUUUUUGCCUUCCGGGAGAUCUUCAAUUGGCGCGAUGGGAUUGCCCGGGAGGAGGAUGAGAGUUGUGCCUACGUCCUGCCCAAUCACAUGCUCUUCCACAUUGCUGAAGUCCUCCCGCGUGAGAUGCAGGGAAUCCUGGCAUGCUGCAACCCUGUGCCACCGCUGGUGCGUCAGCAUCUCCUGCACAUUCACAAAAUAAUCCUCAAGGCACGUGAACAGCCCCUGGAGAAGGUUAUUCUAGCUGAGGAGGCACCACGAAUGGCUCCCGGAACUACCAUUGAUAUCAAUAGCUUCCUGUACUGUCCACAUGAUCUCCCACGCGAAAUUCAGGACAAUCUUCCCACACUUCUUGACACGGUGGAACCCCCGAACGUCCCAGCACUUCCGGACAUGCGGAAGCUUCAUGCAAAAGUCUCAAUUUUCGAGGAGAAGCAUCCCAAGAAGAAUCUCCCAAAGAUUCCCUUUGUUAGCCCAUAUCAGCGGUACCGAGCUGUGAUACCCAUUGCAGAGGAGGAGAGGCGCAAAGCGCAGCAAUUGGAGGAGGCACAGAAGCAGAAACGAAGACUCUGUCCAGAAGCUUCGGAAGUUCUUCCGGAAAUUGUGGCUUCGCCUGAAAUUAAAACUGAAUCCGGGAAACGCAAAUCCGAGGGGAGUGGGGGUGAGCCAGCUGGUAAAAUUCCCCGUAAGGAGGCACAUAGAGAGGCGCCAGAGCCCCCGGCAGCGUCCACCAGUCCGGAAACACCCAAAAUGAGCAGGAAUAAGCGGAAAAAACUGAAAAAGAUGCAGCAGGAAGCAAAAUUAGCGGAAUUUGACUAUACUUCGGUGGAUUUUAGCAAAUUCCAAGGAGGAUCACGUCCGGAGAAGACAGAGAGGCACGACUAUGCCUCAAAGUUCCGUAGUCGUGGGCAGAAGGCCAGGAAUGCCGAUAAGCGUCUCAAUAAAAUCUUUCGUUGAGAUUUAUUCUUGUAAAAAAAGUUUAUUAAUAAAAAUUCAUUAUAAAA